UUGUUUAUUUUUGACGGUCUUUAUUUUCAGCUUACUACUAUUCCUCUUCUUCUCUUAUCAUCGACUCUGUUUCUCUUUUUUCCUUCCGUCAAAUUUGGGAUCACCUACUCCUCUUCUUUCCUUGGCUCCGGCUCUCAGUUUUGGAUUCCACUACUCAUUUUUCAUAUUCAAAAUCUCAGUUUACUCUUCAAUUUCAAGAUUCAUCUCAUUCUUCAGCUCCAAAAUCAACUUAGUCUUGUUAGGUAUUUCUUUUUCCUCUCUCAAAAUAUUUUAUUCUUUCAUAAAUCUGAUUUAAUUUUUGUUUUGAUGCUUCAGAUCUCAAAAUUUUUUUGCUUCAAGCUUCUUAUACUAUACGUAUUAAGGUCAAAAAAUUUUAUCAAUGGCUUCCAAAUUGCUAUUAAAGAAACAAAGUCAACCAACUGAGAUUUUGUUGCACCGAAAAAAAAAGUGAGAGGACCUACGCGCAAUCUUGAGUUAGCAAAGUUACCAGCUGGAAAAAGACUUGACAUAAACUGGAGAAUGAAUAGGCCAGUUGGUCCAAAUGCAAAGCUGUUCAAAUCAAGAUGCACUGUUCUAGUUCGUGAUGUGAAGAAUGCACCACUAAAGGUUAAAGAAUGGGCUGAUAUCAAAAUAGAGAACAAAAUAAAGAUGUUUGACCUAGUUUUGACAUACUUUAAAGUUGAAGGUCGAAAGCAUUUAGUAUGGGCUCAAAUGAAUUCUUCUUAUCGGAGUUAUCGACAUCUAUUAAAGAAAAGGUAUUUUGAACCUUAUGAUAACCCUGAAAUUGCUCGAGCCAAUAUACCAUUGGAAAUGGAAAAAGAGGAUUGGGAUUACCUUGUGAAUCUUUGGAUUGAUGAAGGCUGGCAGAAAAUAAGUCAACAAAAUAAGAUGAGUCGAGCUGCAAAUAGCAUUAUUCAUACCACUGGUGCUAAGGGAGCCCAACAAAGAGCUGAAGAGGCGUUUGAGCAAACAGGACAAGAAAUUGACCGUCUUCGCCUUUGGGAGCUUACGCAUACCCGUGUUAAUGGACAAGCUUGCAAUGAAGAAACUCAAGAAAAACUUGAUUUACUUAAGGAAUUAUCAUCUCAAGUAAAUGAGGGAAUAUUAGAGAUGAAUGAACAUGAGGUGAUGGUAGAAGUAUUUGGACCUGAACGACAUGGACGAGUUCGUGGUUAUGGAGCUGGCGUGACACCUACACAGUUAUGGGGUCCUAGAUCAUUCAUAUUUUCUGAUCUCCAAAUAAAGCUUCAAUGUGCAGAAAAAAAAUAUGAAGACUCUAAAAUAGAGGUGGAAGAUUUGAAGAAAAAAGUAGAUCAUAUGGCAGGAAUACUUGAGCAACUAUUGGAUGGAAGGUUGCCUAUAGUUCAAAGUGAUAACAAUCCUACUUGAUUAAUGCUCAAGACUUUGAUGAGUUUAUGUAUAAUUCAUAUAGCACUAUACAAAAAAAGAACAUUAAUAUGAUAUUAUGAUAUUGAGUAUUGAUUUUGGUACUUGGUGUUAAUUGUUCUUGAUAUACUUAUCAAAUGCUAAAUAAAGAAUGCUAUUUGUACUAGUUUUGAAUCAUGAUCAAUGAUCAAAAUUGCAAAGCUUUUGUUUGAUUUUAUACAAUGAUUAUGUAUGAUAAAGUAAAAGCAUAUUCAUGUCA